AGGAGGGCAGCGUCGAAACUGGGACUCCCCGCCCUCUCCGGCGGGAAGCGUCAGGUGCAGGUGCGGACAAAGGGGAGCCUCGAGAGUCCGCCUAGGCGCAAUGGUGGACGCCGCUGCCUGAAGGCCGCCUUUGUUGUCCCCGGGGCCGAUGGCUGAAGCCUGGCGACUAGAAGAAGACGAGGAGGAGCGGAAAGAGGGGACCAGAAGGCACCGGAGAGCGCUUUUGAACCCGGCGACAGAUCGUUCAGAAAGAAAUAAACCAGAGCACCGUUCAUCAGGCCAAGGUCCCUUGUCAUCUAUUAAAGCAGCAAUCAAGAGAACUUCUCGGACAACUUAUCACAGUGAACAGCAAAGAGAAAGAAGACGCCCUGAAAUCACAAUAGUUGCAGCUGAGCCACUUGGACCAUCCUCCUGGUUUCCAGGUGGAAACCGUCUCCCUCAACAAGGGCUACUGUUCCAGUCAACUCAUAGCCAAACGCCUUGGAGAACCACUGAACUUGUUACAGCAGAGCCACCUUCAUAUGAGCAGGUAAUCAAAGAGAUCAAUCAAGUGCCAAUCAUCCCAGCCAGCAAUAAUAAUGCUGCCUGUGCUGCUAAUUCUAGAUGUACUACUACAUCUUCAACACAGACUGACUUUCCAGAAGAGAUAAUCAGCAAUUUGCCAGUAAUAAAUGUGAAAAAUAAUCUGUCCAUUAUCUCUGAAUGCAAAAAUACUCCAGCUAUACAUAUUUCUCAGAAGCCACCUAGAUCUUCAUCAUCUCUGAUAAACAGCAAUCUUCCCAUAAAUGAACAACUCUUAGUUAUUUUAGAAGACCAGACAUCUCAAGAGAAGUCUAAUGCUGCAGUAUGUCCUGUGCCAAAACCAAGAUCAAAGGGCAAUCUGAAACCAGUGGCUAAAGACAAUCAAGCAAACAAUCAGGAACAAACGAGCCAGUCAAGGAGCGAAAAUGAUGAGUUAACUAAUCCUUUGAUGUUCCUACUAGACAAUAGCCUUAGAGAAAGUCAUAUAGUAAUGGACAGCAUGGAUACAGACAAGAACCAAAGUAACAUAUUAUCACGGAUUAAAUCAUUUGAGAUGCAAGGGAACGUUGAAACUUCGGGACUAACCAAGAAACCAGAAGCAUCUCCACGCUCAUUAGGCCCCAAACCUAUCAUUAGUGCAAAAAAGCCUGUAGUGGCACCAAAGCCAGGCCUUAACAGAGUAUCGGGAGAAUGGGAGUCUUGGACAGAAAAGAAGCAAAAAGUUGCCUCUCAAGAGAAGCCCCUUCAGGCUGAGGAAGUUGAGAGCAACAUUAUAACCAAGCCUGAAUUGCCAAAGAAGCCAACAUUAGUGACUGUAAAGAGUAAUAGCAAUGGGCUCCUUAAUUCAGGAACUGGAUCAGCUUUGGAGAAUACUGAUGGACAGAGAAAACUUCCCAUUCCUGCUCCUAGGCCACUUCUUCCCAAGAAGUCCGUCUCUUUUGAAAGUCCUUCCCUUCCUAUGCUUCCCCUGAAACCAACAAGUACUGUUCCCAAGCCCUCUCUAGCUGCCCAAUCAAAUGCCUUUAGAUCCCCAGGGGAGUGUUGUCCAAGCAGUGUUGCAGCAUCUCCAACACAAAAUAUUACUUCUGCAGAAGGAGAUCUGAUCAGCUUUGACGAUGAUGUUUUAUCGUUUAACCCUGUCAAGGCUGUUCAAGAAAUUUCUCAUUCAGAAUCAGAUCUUACCAAUUUGCCAUCCAAAGCUGAAUCUGCAAAAGAGCAACCACUUCAGCCAGCUGUUGUGCGUAAACCUACUGUAAUCCGAAUCCCAUCUAAACCAGCAAAAGCUUUAAAUGACAUUCUGGAAAGCCCUCCUCCAUUACCUACAGAGAAACCAAUUGGAAGCACAUCUGGUAUUGCAGCUGGAAAACUCAAUAACAUCAACAUAAUUAACAAGGAACCUGAACAGCCCAGCUUGAUACAGCCAAUCAAGAAUGAGCCUGUUCUGCCUCCAAGACCCGUUCAGGGGAAAAUCAUACCAUCUCGGCCUUCUCCACCUAAAGGGGCCCCAGGAAGACCACCCCCCCCAAAAUCCACCAAAAUCUCAUCAGAUACUGAUAGAUUUCCACGCUCGUCAUCUGAUGUGACACUCCAUAAGAAACCUAGCAUGCUUGGAUUGGGAAUCAAAAAAACAAAGAGUGAUGAUUUUAACAAACAUGGCUCAGAUUUACCCCCUCGACCCAAGCCAGGUCAUCCUCUAUACAAUAAAUACAUGCUUCCUGUGCAUCAUGGAAUUGCUAAAGAAGACAUUUCACCUCAAAAUGCUGGACAUCUCUCUUGUAAGGAUUCAGCUAACAUGCAGAAGAUUAGUGAUUCAAGUGUUCCUCACGCAAUAGUGCUGCAUAAUUUCACAGCAGAACAUACUGAUGAUUUGGACCUUAGUAUUGGAGACACUGUUUUACUUCUGGAAAAAAUAGAUGAUGAGUGGUACAGAGGAAAAUGCAAGAAUCGUACUGGGAUUUUUCCUGCUAGCUUUGUCAAAAUUAUUACUGAUACUCCAGGAGAAAACAACUGGAAAAAGGAGCAGCUUUCACCAUCCAAUAUUGUUGGCCCAAGAUGUAGAGCUAGAUUUGAAUACAUUGGAGACCUGAAAGAUGAAUUAAGUUUUUCAGAAGGUGAAGUUAUUAUUUUAAAAGGAUAUAUUAAUGAAGAAUGGGCCAAAGGAGAGCUGAGAGGUACUUCUGGAAUUUUUCCCUUAAAUUUUGUGGACGUUAUUGAAGAUCUACCUGAGUCAGGUGAUAGCGGUUUCCCGCUGAGGAGUAAACAUUCAGGAUCAAUGACACAGCUGGAAGGAGAAGCUGGACAGUGGUGUGAUGCUCUUCAUGACUUUACAGCAGAAACACAGGAAGAUUUAUCGUUUAAAAAAGGAGAUCGUAUUUUGAUAUUAGAACAACUGGAUUCAGAGUGGUAUAGAGGGAGGAUAAAUGGAAAGGAAGGCAUUUUCCCAGCUGUGUUUGUUCAUGUUUGUUCAGGUGGAAUGCAGUCAUCAGAACCUCAGGGAGGGAAGAAACCAAAAGCUAAGGCCCUGUAUGACUUCCAGGCAGAGAACAUAGAUGAACUUUCUUUCAAAGUUGGUGAUAUCAUAACAAGUGUAGAAUCUGUAGAUGAAGAAUGGAUGAGUGGGGAAUUACAAGACAAGUUUGGAAUAUUUCCAAAGAAUUUUGUCCAAAUUCUACAUCUUUCCUAAGGUGAAAUCCAAUUCUGGAGCAUUGUUUUACAAGUGAAUUCGCUGGAAGAAAACCACGUUAUAUUCUGGGCAAAGGAGAAAGAGUGCUAUCUGUGAUUUUAUCUAGACUAUCAAAUGCAUUUUUGCACUAUUUUUGUAAAAUGUUUACUAGACUGUACAAUAUUUUGUUUUUUAGUUUAUAUUGAGCAGACCCUGGGCAGACUUUUUUUUUAAAAAAAAACAAAAAACAAGAGGAAUACGAAGCCUUAUUAUUUAAACUUGGUGCAUUUUAAUCAUUUUAUAUUCUUUCUGUGGGGGUGCAAUGGCUCAGCAGUUAAAGAUGCUGAGCUUGUCAGUUGGAAACCUGACAACCUGGGUUUGAGACCUGAGUGCCAUGCAUCAGGGUGAGCUCCUGUCACCUGCUCCAGCUCCUGCCCACCUAGCAGUUCGAAAGCAUGCAAAUGUGAGUAGAUAAAUAGGUACCACUUCAGUGGGAAGGUAAAAGCAUUCUGUGUGCCUCAGAAUAUAGUCAUACUGGCCACAUGACCACAGAAAUGUCUUCAGACAACGCUCCCUCAGUUAAGAAACGGAGAUGAGCACCGCCCUCUACAGUUGGAAACAACUGGACAAGGGAAACCUUUACAUUUACUUUUAUUUCUGUGAAGUCCAAUUAAUUACUAAACCCUGCUCAAAUAACUUUUUUUUAACAAUACAUAUCCCACACUAUAGUUUGCGAGUCAAGUUUUCAGAAACUGUUUUACCAUAUGAAAACAUUAAAUCCUCAUACAUAAAUAUGAUUAUCAUGGUAAAAGGAUUGGAUUUUUUCUUUAUUUAAACCAAGUAAGUUAAGUUGUUUAAAAGUGCAUCAGUUACUUUUAGUCUGGAUUGAAGUAUCCUGAAACAAUUAGAUGAUAAUGGAUUUAUGUGCCUUAGACUAGAAAGAUCAUUAGUCUGUUUGAUCCAGUUUUCUAUCCUAGCUACUAAUGGGUCUCCAGCACUUACAAACGGUGCUGAGUCCCAACAUUUGUUGCCCGAACUUUUUUAAUGGAUAAAUGCAAGAUAUAUACAAUAAGGCUGGGCAAAGCAAUCGAAGAGGACCAUUGCAAUGUUCGGCAGGUACAAAAUGCCUGCUUUGAUUAAAAGUAUCCAUGUUUUUGCAAGCCUCAUACUAUUCAUGCACAUGCUUUAAUACUUUGCGCAAUUCUAAUGAAUAAUAAUUGUGUAUAUUUUAUGAUAAGAAAGGCUGGUAACUUUUCUUAUUACUUUCAGUAAAUAAAAUUACACUUAUAGAGAUUUCUUACUUUUUUGCAGCCAAUGGGUUCUGCUGUAUCAUAUUCUUGAUUUAUAUCUAGAGUGACUUUUCAAAGAUUCUUGGAUCUUUUUUAAAAAUCUGAUAACAUUUUGGAUCUUUCAAAUUCUGUAAUGCUCCCUAUUGCCUUAUUCUUACCAAAUCUACUGUCAGAAAUUAAGUGUGUUCAGAAAACUAUCUAUGAUAAGUGAUGGAAGAAUAAUUUUCAUGGGUCUUGCUGUCAUGACUAUCUCAUAAGAGUAAAUAUUAUUAUAAACUUGUACUACAGCCUGUAUUGUCUUACCUCCAUCUCCAACUUUGUAAUGUAAUUUAACAUAAAAAAAUGCAUCUUAAAAUUAAACUUUUAAGUCCCAUUUUUGCCCCAUAUUUCUUAAAAUUACAUUCUUUAAAAAUGCUGAUUUCCGGUCAGUUUUUCCAGGAAUUAAUAUUAAAUGUUUAUAAAUCUGAUAGUGCUGAAAUAUAAGACCUAAAGCGUAGAUCCUCCUAUCUCUCAAGACUAAGUAAAAUGUGCCCCAAAUCCAUUUUCUUGUUCAAUACCAAUAUUACAUUUUUGACUGUUCACUGUGUGCCUUUAUGGAGGGGGUGAAACAGUACUUAAGAACACAGCACAGUCACAGCUUUGCCUAUAAUUGCUGGAAGCCACAAUUGUGUGGAAGGCACAAGUAACAAGAAUAAAUAAUGAAGGCUCGAUAGCAAAACAAUCAUGUGAACAAACCGAAUCCCAAAGAAUGAAAAAAAGGAAAAUUCUUUCACAGGGCCCUGUUUUUCCUCCAAACUAUGCCCUUUGGCUAGUAAGGGGGAGGGAAGCAUGCAGGAACAGCUUCUCUUUGCAGACCUCUUACACUCUUAUUAUCCAGAACUCAUAGUUAGCUGCUAAGCCAUAAAAUACGUAGCAGCCUCUAAUUCAGAAGUCAGCCUCUCAUUGUAAUAAGCAGGCCUGCUGUAGUUAUUUCUGGUUUCCAAGGAAUGCUUUGACAACAAUCCACCCGUGCUUUUAAUUAGGGCCAGAUUUUAAAACCAAACUACACUUUGGUUUGAGGUUUGGCAUAUUGUGCAAAUCAAAUUUUAUUUUAGAGGACAAAAGCAAUGAAAAAUCUUACCUUUUGCUUUCGAUUCAAUCCAAUCAAUGUGUCGCCUAUUCAUAAAAUGGUAGUUUCCCAUCUUAAAUUUCUUAAAGCUUUAUACAUGCUUUUUGAUCACAAUGGUGUGCUUUGGCACUUAUAAAGGGUAUCGAUGUCAUUGGACAAACUAAUAUUAAUCAAAAUUUCCAUUUAAAAACUGGAGGAAAAUACCCACCUGUUAGGUAGUUGACUUUGAGUGUUAUCUUGUUCCCUAGUUGUGGUCAUUCUUUAAGAAUAUAGUAACUCCAUGAUAUAAAAAUAGUUAAAUAAGCAAAAUUCAGCUUUCCAGUACAUGUUAAAUUGGUUAGUUGAAGGCAGAACCCAUUAUUCACAACUGCAACUUUUAUUGCCAUCUCAUAUUUUGCUGCAUUUUUUUAGGAACGAUGGACCUCUUUUUGUUGUAUGUCAGCUGCAUUAUUUAGGCUUUUGAGGGUCAUUGCAAAUGCUGACUGAAAACCACUGUGUACCAGACUGAAUGCAAUGCUUGUUAAAAAUGACUUUUAUAAUUUUUCUUAUCUAUAUUUUCAGAUUUUGUAUUUUUCCAUAUUCAUUCUCAACAUGUAAUUUUCCAGUGACUGAGAAAUGGUUGUUUCGUGUUACUAAUGAAAAUGCACUAAUUUCUUUUUUUCUACAUUAGUAGUAAAUAUCGCUUUUAUAUUUAUCAUUGUUUAAAGUAAGCAAACAUUCACCAGAGCAAGCUUUGUUAUCUUACCAGGUAAAUCUAUGUAUUCAGAUUGCCAAAUACAGCUACUUCACUUGAAGAGUGCCAUCUAAAGGGCUUUUAAUACAGUGUUAAUAAUGUAGAUAAAUACGAAUGACAGUCCCAUUUAAGAAACUGGCAUCAGUUUCUAGAAUGAGGCCAUAAAGUAUUAUAGAUCACAUGCUAUAAGAUUCUCAAAUGAAUAUAAGUACAGCAGUUAGCUGAAGAUACAAAUACAUUAUGUGUAUAUAUAUAUAUAAAUGUGAGCCAGGUUAUUAUAGUAGCUUUUUAAUUUCCAGAUCAAUUUAAUUAAUUUUCUUCAGAUUAUACAAAUUUACAAAAAUACUUUUGCUUCAGGAAAUUAAUAUUAAAAUGUUGUUCCUCAGCUUAAUGGCAUUAUUACAUUUGUAUAUAACCAAUAAAUGUGUUUGUUGCAAACAA